AUGCUGAGACUCGUGGUCUCCUUGUUCGUCCUUAACUUCUUUGGACCGUUGAGCGCCUUCCAGGACAAUGGAUCCUUCAUUUGCCAAGUGACCGACGCACCGAGUCAGUGUGGCGCCUUUUGCCUGGCCGCACUGCAUCCGCUUUUCGACGAUAACCAAAGAAGCUGGGCGAAACUAAACCAAAUCGAUGAAAAAGUGGAAUGGCUACGCACCAAAUUGGAAAAUCAGGAGAACUCCAUGCAAGCCAAAUUGGAUGCCCAACUUCAGGCGAUACAGAAAAUGCUGAAGGACCAAAACUCAGCCCUUGCUCAAUCUGGUGACACGAGGGGUCGACUACAAACUCAAAACCUAAAUGGAAACCAACUUCUGACGCCGCAGAACCAACCAACUUUGAAGAUCAUCGAUCCAAGAUUUGAGCUGAUUGGAUCUACAUUUUUUUAUAUCGAAAAAUUUAUUAAGAAAACCUGGGAUGAAGCUGCAGGAACAUGUCGUGAAAUGGGCGGCUCUUUGGCGGCAUUCAAAACCCAAGAGGAAAUCACAGCCAUAAUGCCAAAACUUAAUAAAGCCUAUUACUGGACUGGCAUCAAGAAGAAAGAUGGCGAGUUCGUUUCUUCGGCCUCUGGGAAGUGGAAUAUGGCUUUAAAGUGGCCCAGCGGAGAGCCCAACGAUGACGAUAAUGAAACAUAA